AUGGCUGCCGAACUUAAGGACCCAGUUACCAGAGAAUACACCAUUAACUUGCACAAAAGGUUGCAUGGUGAAACCUUUAAAAGAAGAGCUCCAAGAGCUGUGAAGGAGAUCAAGAAGUUUGCUAAGUUGCACAUGGGAACAGAAGAUGUCAGAUUGGACCCUAAGUUGAAUGUGGCUUUAUGGAAGAGAGGUAUUCAGGGUGUUCCAACUAGAAUGAGACUUAGAAUCUCAAGAAAGAGAAAUGAAGAGGAGAAUGCCAAGACCAAGAUGUUCUCUUAUGUGGAGCCUGUCAUCGUUGCUUCUAUUAAGGGUUUACAAACUACUGUUGUUGAGGAGGAGGCUUAA